AUGGCAACAAUAAUGGAGAAGAGAACGUUGAUGUUGAUGCUGUUCAUGUUGGUGGUGGUUCUUGCGUGGCAGAAAGAAUGCCAUGGAUGGGGAGCAGAAACAGCAGAGGAUGUGGUCAGAAAUGAAUCAGAGCAUGCUAAAAACGCAGCUGGAACCGCUACAGACAUGGCGGCCAAGGCAACUCGUGAUGCCAAGGACAAAACCGCAUCUUGGACUGGUUGGGUUUCUGAUAAAAUUUCCACAGGAUUGGGAAGCAAGAAAGAUGAAGCAAAAGAAGCGGCUGAAUCUGCAAAGAACUACGCUUAUGACAAUGCUGGUUCCGCCUAUGACAAUGCUGGACACGCCAAGGACUUUGUAUCUGAUAAAGCCGGCUCUGCUUACGACAGUGCUCAAAAUGCAAAAGGUUAUGCUUAUGAGAAGGCCAGUGAUGCAAAGGAUAUGGCCUAUGACAAAGUGGGUCAAGCCAAGGAUAUGGCUUAUGACAAAGCUGGUAGAGCCAAGGACAUGGCUUCUGACAAGACUGGAUCAGCCUAUGACAAGGUCGGUCAUGCCAAAGACAUAGCAUAUGACAAGGCUGCCCAAGCUAAGGACGUGGUUUAUGAUACCGCAGGAUCAGCCUAUGACAAGGCCGGUCAAGCCAAGGACAUGGCCUACGAUAAAGCAGGAUCAGCAUAUGACAAGGCAGGUCAAGCCAAAGAUAUAGCAUACGAUAAGGCAGGUCAAGCCAAAGACAUAGCAUACGAUAAGGCAAGUCAAGCCAAGGAUAUAGUCUACGACAAAGCAGGAUCAGCCUACGACAAGGCCGGCCAAGCCAAGGACAUUGUCUACGACAAAGCAGGAUCAGCCUAUGACAAGGCGGCUCAAGCCAAGGACAUGGUUUAUGACAAGGCGACUCAAGCCAAGGACAAGGCCUCUCAAGCCAAAGACAUGGCCUACAACAAAGCUGGUCAAGCCAAGGACAUGGCCUACAACAAAGCUGGUCAAGCCAAGGACAUGGCCUACGACAAGGCCGGAUCAGCGUAUGACAAGGCAGGUCAAGCCAAGGACAUGGCCUACGACAAGACCGGAUCAGCAUAUGACAAGGCUGGUCAAGCCAAAGACAUGGCCUUCGACAAGGCUGGUCAAGCCAAAGAUAUAGCCUUCGACAAAGCAGGAUCGGCCUAUGAUAAGGCUGGUCAGGCCAAAGAUAUGGCCUAUGACAAGGCCGGCCAAGCUAAGGACAUUGUGUAUGACAAAGCGGAUGAUGUGAUUAGAAUGGCUACGGAUAAGAGCGAUGAAGCUAAGGAAAUGGGUUAUGGAACAUACGAAAGAGCAAAAGAAGGGUCCAAAAAAGCUAAAGACGCUACGUUUGAAAAAGCUCAUGACGUUAGAGAAACUGGGGGGAAACCGAAAGACUAUGGUAAAGACAAAGCAACAGACGCGUAUGGAUUAGGGAAUGAAGCUUCUGGAAAAUUGGAGGAGGCAAUGUAUAACGUUGGGGAAAGGUAUGGUGCAGCAAAGGAUUCAAUGUCGGAGAAGGCAAAAGAAGCUUAUGAGAAUGCAAAGGAGAAGGCUUCCGAGGCUACUGGAGAGUACGGUGCAUAUUUAAGAAACCAUAGUGCUGAGCUUUAG